GUAAAUCAGCCAAAAGUGACGUAACGCUAUUGACGUUAACCAGCUAGCAUACGCGAAUAGACUGCUAGCUGGACACAUUUCAAGCAAAUCUUUGCAUAUUUUUCAGUUGAUGUCUGUCUCUUCAUGUUGAUAAUUUAGCAGAGUUUCAAAUUUAGUGUUUGUAAGCUAACAAUGGAUGUCCUACGUCCACCGCUUAUCAACAUAAACGGCAGGAUAUAUCGAAGGAACAUAGUCAAAGAAGAACAUUAUGAAGAAGAAGAUUUCUCGUACGUGGGACCAUCUGAGGGUGAAGAUGUGGCAGAGGGGGAAACCUGUGAUGGCCACUUCAUUGAACAGACAGAUAAGGGAUACCGCUGUGCCGUUGAUGUCCCAAGUGUCCUUUACAAAUAUAUCAUUGGGAAAAAAGGAGAAACCCGUAGACGUCUGGAGUUUGACACCAAAACCACUAUCAGCAUCCCGAAACCAGGAAUUGAAGGACAAAUCGUUAUCACAGGUUCCCAAAAGGCUGCGGUUUCUUCUGCAGUCACUCGAGUGGAGGUGCUUGUGGAGAGUUUCCGAAAGAAACAGCCUUUCACUCACUUCCUGUCUUUCCCUUUGAACGACGCCAAAGUUCAAGAGGGAUUCCAGAAAUUUAAAGAUGAGGUGUUACGACAGUGUUCACAGGAUCAUGGAGUGUCGGAAAGCAUAUUUCAAAACCCCGCGAAGCUUCAUUUGACUAUUGGCACCCUGGCUUUGUUAAACGACGCAGAAGUGAGAAAAGCAUGUGAACACCUUCAAGAAUGCCAAACUUUCAUCAGGGACAUCACUGAAGGAAAGCCUCUGCCCUUGGAGGUGACGGGUAUAGAGUACAUGAACGACGACCCCGCCAUGGUGGACGUCUUGUACGCCAAAGUCAACGUUAAAGAUGGAUCUGACAGGUUGCAGAUGAUUGCGGACCGGCUGGUGGAGCACUUCGUCUCCGUGGGGCUGAUGGUCAGGGAGUGGGACAGAGUGAAGCUGCAUGGCACCGUCAUGAACACGCUGUUCAGAAAGGACACUACAGUUGAAGACGCGGGUGGAGCAGGAAGACCAACCCCAAGUGAAAGAGAGGCUUUUGAUGCCAGAAACAUAUUAAAGAAAUUUGGUAGUUAUAGUUUCGGGGAGUUUGAGCUGAGCGGUGUCCAGCUGUCACAGAGGUACUCAACAGACUGUAGCGGAUACUACUCGUCUGCCGGGAGCAUCAGCUUCUCGUGACCUUCGCCCCAUCCGAGCAUCAUAUUCUGAGGUCUUUUUUUGGACGCGGCUGGACAGAAAGCGAUGCCGUCAGAAGAAGAAAGGCUUGAAGGACCAACGCCCAACAGAUCCGAGCAACGGACAGGAACAUGAACUCUAAAUUGUUUGUUUUCCUGAAUUACGUCCCCACUCCCCCAACACCCCCCCCCCCCCCCCCCCCCGCCCCCCUCCACCACAGCUUUCUGUAAUCAUCUGCUGUUUACCAGGAAUUCUUGAAGAAAUCCUCAGAGCCCCUUCAUCCUGUGACAAUAUGAGCGGCGGCGAUAAGCUUCAUAGCUCAUCAGGACUCUUUUGAGCUUCUUGUAAAGAGACGAAGGCAAUGUUGUUUACAUUUGUAAUGAAAGAAAAAAUUUCCAGAUAAGAAAGCUUUCAAAUUGUGCUGCAUAACGCCUUGUCUGAUGUUAAUAAGGGGGAGAAAAAACAAACAAAAAAACAGCUUCUGCAAUAAAAACAUGUUUAGUGGAGGAUA